GAUUACGCUCUUUGCCAAUUAUGUGUAUCGAACGUCGCUCGCCGCGGGAUCAUGGAAAAGCUGAGAAAUUUCCCGUUAUUUUGAUUGGAAAUAGGUUUCAAAAGGAAUGUGAAAAAUGAACUAAACACUUCUCGAUACUUUUCUUUGGUGUUGGAGACAAAACUAACUGAAUUCUGGCAUUGAUGUGAAAUCACUCAGUCUCACCUGAUUUUGGAAGCAUCUGCACUCAGAGAAUCGUACUCCAAACUGGCGACGUCACGGGUCCCAAGUCCCCCUCCGUUAGACGUCAUGUCGUGCCCUGUAGCAGAGAACUGGUGUUACACCCAGGUGAAAGUUGUUAAGUUCUCGUACAUGUGGACAAUCAACAAUUUCAGCUUCUGCCGAGAAGAGAUGGGAGAAGUGCUUAAGAGUUCCACGUUUUCAUCAGGUGCUAAUGAUAAGCUGAAAUGGUGUUUGCGGGUGAAUCCUAAGGGCCUUGAUGAAGAGAGCAAGGACUACCUCUCCCUCUAUCUUCUCCUUGUGUCCUGCAAUAAAGCUGAAGUCAGGGCCAAGUUUAAGUUUUCAAUACUCAAUGCCAAGAGAGAAGAAACAAAAGCCAUGGAGAGCCAACGAGCGUACAAGUUUGUACAGGGCAAGGAUUGGGGCUUCAAGAAAUUCAUCAGGAGAGAUUUCUUGAUGGACGAGGCCAAUGGAUUGCUUCCAGAUGAUAAACUUACACUCUUCUGCGAGGUGAGUGUUGUCGCAGACACAGUAAACGUCUAUGGACAGUCUAACCAAUCACAGCUCAAGGUUCCAGAAUGCAGAUUAGCGGACGACCUCAGUGCGUUACUAGAGAGGGCAGCAUUCAGUGAUGUCACCCUGUGUGUCAACGGUCAAGAGUUCAAAGCUCACACAGCAAUCCUUGCAGCGAGAUCUCCAGUCUUCAACGCCAUGUUUGAACAUGAGAUGGAGGAGAAGAGACAUGGGCGAGUAGAAAUCACUGAUGUUGAUCACAUGGUUAUGAAAGAGAUCUUAAGGUUUAUCUACACUGGCAAGGCUCCUAACCUUGAUAAAAUGGCUGAUGAAUUACUGGCAGCAGCAGACAAGUAUGCAUUAGAUCGGCUGAAGGUGAUGUGUGAAGAGGCAUUAUGUACCAACCUAACGAUAGACAAUGUUGCAGAUAUCCUGGUGUUAGCAGAUCUUCACAGUGCAGAUCAGCUUAAAGCAGUCGCCAUCGACUAUACUAAUAGCCAUGCAACGGAAGUGAUGGAUACCAAUGGAUGGAAAACAAUGGUGCACAGUCAUCCGGGGCUGGUGGCCGAUGCUUUCCGGGCGCUGGCCACCUCACAAAGUCCUCCUUUCAUGGGGCUACCUCGGAAGAGACUCAAGCAGAAUUGAAAGCAUACCCAUGCGAAAUAGACACUCAAUGUGACAUAGACUUUUGUGACGCUGUGGUAUUUACUCCCUGUGAAUAGGAUCGUGUUCAUUUUUUGGAUAUGUAGAUACAGGAGAAGAUGGAUGUAUGGAGCUUUGUUUGCGGUGAUGUAAGGAAAGGACUUCCAGUGGAUUGAAUCCAACAGGUGCGUGGGAUCAUGGAAGUGAAAGACAACUUAAGAAGCUGCCAGGUGAUGGUGGGGACUUGUGAUAUUGCUCACUACCAAAUGAUGUAUUCUGCGAGGAUAGCUGAAGAUUACUCCAAGGCAAGGAGGCCAUGCAUUACUGGCGACACCCUGACCCAUGGAAUGAUCAAUAAGUACUCUUCAGUAAUAGAUUGCCAAACAUGUACAAUAUCAGCGGAUGUUUUAAUGCCUAUCUAUGCCAAUUGGACUUCAGAUAUGCAACAGUGAAAGAAUAUUCCAGUGACGCAAGGUGCAUCUCUCCCCUCCAGCAUCUUAUCUUACAUCACUUAUCCCAACCGAAGCAAAUAUGAUCAGAUGACAAAAUGACACUUCUAUUUUGAAGCGAUUAUGCAAAUCCUUUUACUUGAACUAAAAAUCUCUUUCUUGAAUGGCUUUUUAAAACAGUGUUUCCAUAUGAUUUUACAAAAUUAUUGAUUUAGGACAGGUAGAUGUGGAAUUGAAUGCAUCCAGUAAUGAUUACACCCAUCAUUAAUUACCUCCCGGGUGAUUGGUCACUUUUUACAUUCACAUUUGGCUAAAGAUAAGAACAGCAUGGGUGCGUUGUAUGUUAACACUUUCAUAGGCACUUUGAGGUAACAUCAUUAUUUCAUGAAUUCUUUUUAUGGCAUAUAAUAUGCCAGAGUUCAUUACCGUGGAUGUGCAGUGCGUCCUGUUAUUUGGCCUUCCAUUUUGAUAGUCUAAUCUCUAGAUUCCUUUUUAAUUUCCUCUUCAAUUUUAUGCAGGCUUGAAUGCUUGAAGAACACAUUCAUAUCAGGGUAAUCCUUUUCCGUUAGGUUUUGUGAAGUUACGUGCUACCAUAAGCAGAGCUAUUGUUUCAAAAUGUACAAUGUUACAUAACACAGGACAGAUAUUUCUCGAUCCUAAAUCGUGCUAGAAAAACAAAAGAUGAAAAAUAGAGUCAGAUUGUUUCAUAGCCUUGUGCUUCACUUAUUGAAACGUGCCAACAUUACAGUGACCUAUCACAUAAUCAGACAGUUAAUUCUAUUUUGUUUAUAGGCAAUAUGAUGAGGUUGUCCUUGAUUUUAUUUCUUUAUAGUCUUUGUGAAAGUGAUUUUACAUAAACCUCCAAAUGGAAAAAAACAACAAAUUAAUUGGUGUAAUCAUCUAUCGCGCACGAUUAUGCUCUCUUGAGAAAUCAUCGGGAGGUCUCCGAUUAUUUAUUGAAAAGGAAUAUUCUUAGCCUCUAACAAUCUAAUUAUAUAUUAAAUUACCUGUGUUCUCAUGGACAAAUAUAAGUAUGAUAAUUAUAUCUGUUGAGAGCCAGAAGGGUGUUAACUCAUAAUAAUUUCCAUGAAAUUCAACGCCUGUCUGGCCCUCAACAGACAUUUCAAUCAAGCUGUGAUACAUGGUAUAUUGUAUUCGUUUGUUUGCAGCAUUGAUAGGCUGUUGCCUGUUGGUGGUAAUGUUUUGGUUGGGACAGUCUCUAUGGAGUCUGUGUACUAACCAUAACAGCUGUUCCCUUAUUCUCUCUUUCUUUCUUCAUAAAUGAUUACCCAUGUCAUUUUGCUCAUCAAUUUUAAAUUGAAAAUGACUCGCUUGGUGCUAGAGCUGAAAACUGAAACACUUCUGGAUAUUUUUGUUCAUUGUAAAUUUUACAUGGGAAACAAUUUGUUGAUACAUUUUUUCUGUUUGCUAGUUUAUGAUAAAGGAUGUGUUAUUUACAAUAUCAGAUUUAACAGUAAAUGACAUUACUUUGAAGGCUAGUUUUCAAUUAUAUUUGUUCUCUUUUCUGCAUUGUGUGUUGUAGAAGAAUGCACCUGUGCCUGGCAUUAUUCACUACAGGUGUUCUUCCAUCAUUUUUGGAGCAAAUUUUGGAAGGCAAUACAAUGAUAUUUUAAGAAUUGCAAUACUGUUCAGAAACACUCAAAGUAGAUCUUAAAUCAGAAGUUUUAAUAUCAUUAUUCAUUUUUCUUCUUCUUUUGAGUUGCCAAAAUAUCAGAAAUAUUAGGGGGGAUCUUGCCUUUAUAGACAAAGGUAAUUUGGCUUUGGUGUGGAAGCGUGGUGCACCCCUUACAACUUAUGUUUUAUUGAGUACUGUAAAUUAAUAAGAUUCCAUCCGGCUGUUUUGUUUCUUUUUAAUUUUAAAUCAAAAAAGGUCAAACCAAUUAUUUAAUAUUCCUUUGUCAAUUUAUCUAUUUAUUAUUGUAAGGCCCCUUUUAAUCCACUAGUGUGUAAGAAUGAUGUUAAUAUCCUGGUUGACAUUUUCUCUUUGAUCUGCUACAUGUAUUUUUCUGUUUAGUACAUGGAGACUUCACUUUAUACUAUGUAGCAAGUUUUCUGCUUCGAGCCAAAAGGAAGUUAGCUGAUAUAGUUUAACUGAGAGUUAACGCCCUUCUGGCUCUCAGCAGAGGGAGCAUUAAAAGUAUUACAUUCAUGUGUAUUGUAGUCUAUCCUGUAACCUCAUCAAUGCCACUAAUGCAUUCCUGCCAUCUUUUUACUGUGUGCCCAGCAGAAGGACAUUAGCAGCCCGAGUCAUUUACUAACCAUCAGGACGUGUAUGUGACUAGAUUUUGCGGAGAAAGUGGCUUUGGAUGAAAUUCUCCAUAUUUUUUUAAAAGCGAUAAACAAAUUGAAGGACCUUUUGAUAUCUGCAAAACAAACAUUGGGGUAUUUCAGAGAACAAACUAUGUUGUUUGCUGACUUAAGAUUCAUGUACAUAUGAUACUUUCUGAAGUUUGUACCAAAAUCAUCAGUGAAAUGCAGUAAAUAGGGAUCUUUUACCGAGAAUCCUUUAUAACAUUUUGAAAUAUGGGUAGCAUAACAAUUUUUUUUAAUACUAGGAGGGAAUGUUCGAAAUCUUGGAACAGUUGUGUAUAGCACCUUGGGAUUGUAAGGUAAAUUCCAUACUCUGGUAACCACUAGGGAAUGACCAGCCAAUGACCAGCCAAUGCCUUUCUGCCGGGCACACAAGAUAUUUCAAUUUUCCUGUCUUCUAGUUCUAUGUGUGCCAAACAUCAUUACAAAAUUAAAAGCAUGAGAUGUAGUUAUCCAAAAUGGAAGCCUCUAGUUGGGGCAUAUUGCCCAUGAGUGUGGCCCACAAGACCCAUGGGACCGAUAGCUCACAAGACCGAUCAGCAAUGGCCAUCAAGACCGGUCGCCCAUAAGAUCAAGGCCGAGCUGGACAGCCCACUAGAUCAACAACCCAUGAGACCAACAUUGUUGUGGCCCUCUUUUUCUUAGGGUGAGACCAACAUUGUUGGUCAUAUGGGCUGUUUGGUUACUUGGUUACUUGGUCUGUUGGUCAAGUGGCAUGUCUCGAUUGUGCUAGUGUAUAUCAUGAAAACAUGUACGAGGAGUGGUAAGCUUUUAGUGCUUGUAAUCCUCAUCUAUUAUGACAGUCUGUGUAGAGUAAUACUACUAGAGAGAGAGAGAGAGAGAGAACGAGAGAGAGAGAGAGAGAGAGAGAGAGAGAUACCAAAUCUGUCAAGUGAAUCUGAGCAUAUUGUACAGGAUUUGGUGUAUGUUUAUAUCACAUUUGUACUGAAAUUUAUGAUUCUGAAUUUAAAUAUCUGUUUUAAAAUCAACUUCUGCUUUAUGUAAUAAUUCUGUCUGAAUAUUUUUGUGUUUCCCAAAUUGCACUAAGCAUAAUAACAAUAUGUGUUAAUAUACAUUACAAAAUGGACAACCCUCAUUAAUGUAACUGUCGUAAAUUGAAUGCCAAAUAAUGAUAAAUUUGAGCUACAGUUUGAGGUAACUAUAGAAUAUUGUAUGAUGGGUCCUUGUUUAUUAGUCUAACAGGGUUUUGUUUGCUCAUCUGAUGCUUGCCUGUCAUGCUUCACAAAAUGUAUCUGUAAUCAAAGAUUUCUCUUAAUCAUUAUGUACAAUGGAUUGAGUAAUUUUCCAGUUUCAUAAUAUAACAAAAUAUAUAGUAGUUUAAUAUAUAGGGAAAUUUGUCCUUGUAAUUCUCCUGAAAUAGGUAUAUACCGUAGUCAGUUCACUGGCAUUGCUUUUGGAUGGAACAAUAUUGCAUCCAAUUUUUAUAUAUAUUGAGACUUUAUACCUCAGUCACACAAAGUGAUUUUAGACCGACUCCAAACCGACCAAUUCUUGGCCAUAAACGUAAUGUAAUAUUUUCGUUUGGUCUGGUGUCAGUCUUGUCAGUGUGACUAAGGUAUUAUACAACACAGUUUGGAGUGUGAAGAUUAUGGGGUGAGGAAAGGCCUGCAUUCAUAAUGUCACACAAUGUUUGUGACAUGAGGAUUCUUUUUUAAACACUUUUUGUAGAUAUAUGAAAAGCUAUUUAUUUGAUACUAGAGAGAGCCUUGUUCAAUACUUUUCUGGUUUCAUAUACUUGUAUGUGUUAAUCAAAAUCAGUUAAACCUUCCAUGUUAUAGAUGGUGCAAAAUAUUCAACAAAUCAGAAUGAUUUGCAAAAGAUGAGUUACCUAAAAUACCAACUUUCAUAUUUCAGUUUUUAUUUUUCAGGGGAACUUGGAUGGUAUAUUUCUUUCUGUUGCCGCCGUUCAUUAUUUUGCCAUUCAUUAAAGUGUGUUUUAAUACUAUGUCAUCGGAAGUCUCUUGCAUGAAAGUUGCUUUCAAACACAACUCUCAAAUAUUUAAUCAGGAUCCCAAAUAUGCGACCCUGAUUGAUUGAGAAUACGAUCCAUUUAAUUUUGUAGUUGCAACAAAUUACAACUUUUCUUGCAAGAAGCCCUUUGUUUUCUGUAAAGUGUAAGCCUCAGUCCCAUUAGGAUGUGUGAUGCCCUGUAGCUGAUUUGUCUGUUGCAGAGAUCUCUUUUAUCAGAUUGUACCAAUAAUAUGAUAAUGUGAGAGAUGCAACUAGUCACGAGUUGCCCAGUGACAGUGUUGUUCCAUCUCUAAAAUCGGUACACUGUGUGCCCUUGGUCUAUCAGUUGGUCAUGGCAAAUUUACAACCUGUCACUUUUAAGUCACAAAAUUGGUUGCAGCUCAUCUUGUAAUCUGUUUCAUGAUCGUUCUUAGAUAGUUCCAUGACCAGCCUUGGUUACAAUACUGAAGUGGGAUCACACAUAGCUAGGAGAGUAGAGAUAGUUGCAUCACUGGAAGACAUGCCAACAUAGCAGGGGACCAUUUGAAUCACCAUGUAUGAGUACUUGUGUCACAACUAUUUUUCUCAAUAUGCUAUAGCCACAGAUAGUCACAGAUCUUUAUGGGACUGGAGCGCUACUGUAAUAGCAUUAUAUUAUGACUAUAUAAUUUUGUUGCUGAAAUUAUUUAAGGAAUGGAAUUGUCAAGCGUCGUCGGUUGGACACUCAAAUGCGCAUUUUGUAUGAUAUUAAAGUAAAGUACAUGUACAUGUAUGUAGAAUACCAUGGA